AUUAUGUUAUAUCUGGCAACCCACCUGUCUGCUGUUAUCAGCUAGUUAGCCUUCAAGUCGGCUUUCUGACCAUAAGACAAAUUAAUAUUUACUUCAAUUUAAUUGUAUUUAACCGUGCCGCUCGAGAUGGUUGUACUUAACAGUAACGCCAGUAAUGAAGAACAUGAUAUAAUUCUGAUUGAAGAGCGCUGCUCCUCACUGCCCAGCUCUCCUGCCAAACGCGUGUCUCCAGCCAAAAGGAAGCAGUUCUUUAUAAGCCAAGCCAUACGGAACUCUGACCUUACCCCCAAAGCCAAGGGUAAAAAAAGUUUGAGAAGACAGGAGAACACUCGCUACCUGCACAAUCUCCUGGAGCGGGAUGAGUGUUCCAAAGAUGAGACCGAAGUACAGGAGACAGCCUCGCCGACCAUUUUCACUGAAGCGUGCACCAACGGAAACUACAUGGAGCACUGGAGUGACUUCAUGAACCGCUCAGGAGAAGAGCAGGAGAAACUGUUGGCCCUGCUGGAUGAGGAGACAACAAGACAGAGUAACGCUAGCAAGGCCUCUAAAGACCAGAGAGAGUUGAACCCAGCCUUCACCGCUCAGGAAUGCUUCCAAAGAAUUGACCGGAAGUUGCGUGCUACAUUGAAACGCAAACACAUUCCCAAGACUACAUUGGAGCUUCUGGAGAGUGACCUGCUGACCUUUUUUGAAGCUCACCCACAAUCUAUAUAUGUCGCCAAACUGAGCAACAGGUAUGUUUUCCAAACACUGAUAGUGAUAGUGGUCAGUAAUGGUUCUUGUGUUUCAUGGAGGAAAAAUUCAACACAGUGCAGCGUUUCAUUCCUAACAUGUUUAUUCUCACCAGUUUUGAGAGACUGUUGCUUCAUGCCAUUUGUCAGUACAUGGACCUCGCCUCAGCCAGUACUGACUGUAAUGGAGCACGACAGACCAAGGUCGUCAACAAGCAAGAGGGGUUCCUCCCUCCUUCACCAUUGCUCUCGGCUUAUUUGGACCAGAGGAGCUGAGAGCAGGACACCAUCCCCGCACUGCCAACCAAACUGGCCAGUAUGAAUCGUAGAAGCAGCUUUACAUAAACAGUCUGUAUUCCUGGUCUGUUCCGGCUACAAAAGAAAGGCUUUGUUUCACUUUGUUUGUUAGACUCAUGCACUAGCUACUUGAACUUUAAAUAAACUUAAACUCGAACUUUAAAGCACAGUCUAAAUUCUGAGUGCCGUCCAGGCAGAUGUACUGUUUAGUCAAGAAAAGGGCUUUCAUAGGUGCUACCGUCCAUUUUAAAUGAUAGAUAUUUACUACAAAAAAAUCACACAUUCAUUCAUAAUGAAAUUAAAUGAUCCUGAUUCUCAUGAUGCUUUUUAAAAAGCAUUGUUUAGUAGGCGUUUUGUACGAUUGCAUGAUUAGGGGUGGAAAAAAAAGUAUUAGUGUUAUGCCUUGCUGAUAGCAUCUUGACGUAUUUCUUUCUGCAACAGCGACACAGCUGAUAGACUUUAGUAUAAUUAAACAUGUCUUCUUACCAUAGUGUUCCUGCUUUCUCGAGGUUCUUCAGAUAGGGGUACCGUUCAAGCUAAUUAUGGUUCAUUUAGACAUUUUUUUUCCGUUUCAAGUGUAACUAUUUUAGUAGCUGAGGCUUUAAAUGUGGAGGAUGCUGAAAAUCCCUUGACUCUGGUCAUGUUUAUAGUUAGUGGAAAAAAAAUGAAUGUUAUAAUGACAUCAGUUUUUGUUUCCUUACUCGCCAUCCAUACAUAGCAAACUGCCAUGUUUAAUGCUUUAAUAAUUCUUAUAUUUAUGCUCACCUUCUCAUGAAAUGAUGUAAGGUAGAAACUGUCUCCAUAAUCAAUACCUGUGCUGUAUGUGGUGCUUUGUACUUUUUACAUUUGUGUUCAAAAGAAUCCUGCAUCACUUUACACAACUGUUUACAGAAAUGAAAAAUAAUUCGAAUGUAGGUUCCUCGUUUGGUACGGAUAACGGCGGUGUAAAGUUAAGAAAGCCUCCAAGGCGUGUGACGUCAUUAAUGUUUACCCUGUUGUCAUGAAAUUGCCAAAAAUCCAAACCGACUUGCACUUACAACUAUGCCUUACACUAUGCCAUCUUCUCAGUCACGUCUUUUCUUUUCUUCUCACGUUACAUACAUUCAUAGCACGAGGGUUGCUGUGGUUUACAUUGUGAAUAAAAAAAGAAUCUGUAGAGACCUGACCAGUCAGUAGGGCAUCAGUUUCGCAAACCAAAUUGUACGUGUGUAUGGACUCUCAUUUUCUCAGGCACCAAACCUCAUGAAUGUGGAGUUUCUGUACACGUUUUUAUUCACACCAAGCCAAGUGUUCCAUAUUUUGUUUCUUUAGAUGUAAAUACUAGGCUUUGGCGCCUUUGUAGAAUAUCUACACUUGUUCUAUUGUACCUGUAAUAUAAAUAUAAUAUAAUGUGUGAACAGUGAGGUCCAAAAGUCUGAGACUACAUGAAAAAUCAGGGUGGUUUUUUUUGUCCUGUUUAAAACUGAAGGAUUCGGAAAUGUUUAAAAAGUAAGCACUCGAUAUUGUGAAUAUUUAAUAUUCAGGAUUCUGCAUUAUUUCUAGGUUGCUAUUUAAAUGUAAGCAGGUCAGAUCAUGUCUGCUCAUGUCUGAUCUAAGCACGUGUUCGGACGAUACUUCGAUUGAUCUGAUCUAUAAUGGAUCAUAAGGAUUUGGAAGAAAUUGUGGAGCAGCUAGAGUGCACAGUGUGAUUGAAGUGAAAAAGAAAAAACGAAUACUAAAAAACUCAGUAUUUCAGAGAUUCUACUUUUCUCUCAAGGUGAUGUUAGUAAUAUAAUGUGUGUUGAAGAUCGUUGUAUUAAAUUAAACGAGCGCUCUCAGAUGUUUGGACUCCACUGUAUGUAGAGGUAGUAUAGCACAUUCACCAGGAACCAUAGGAUGCUUAAGUGUGCUUCUUUAGUUGUGCAACAAAAUGAUUGGUGUUAAAAUUAUUUCAUAUUUAUAUGACCAUUGUGAGUGAUGCAAGGCAUGAAUGACUCUGUACCUACAUUUGAAUAAAAUCUCAAAUCUAUUUAGUUCUGAA